GGCUGACUGACCAAAAAAGAGGUGCAGACACAAAUUUUUUAAAACUCAGUAAGCAGCAACUCUAUUUGCUUCACAAGGAACCCGUUGACAGGUAAGUGUAGAACUGAGAUUUUGUUCCAAGUAUUAUUUCUCAUAAAUGAAAUGAUUAUGUUCAAAUAGAAAAUAAGUGGAAGAAAAAAAAGGGAGGUGAAUAUACGGCAGAGAUGUCCAAAUUGCCAGAAGAGAUGCUGGUGCAAAUCCUGUCGAGGCUGCCACCCAGAUCUCUUAUGCGAUUCAAAUGCAUCCAUAUGUCAUGGUAUACUUUGAUCAAUAAUCCCAUCUUUGUGGACAAACACCUAUUCGUUUCGAAGCACAACAAACUCUCUUCCUUCACCACCAUCCUUUUCAAGCGCUAUGUCCUUAGAAACGAGAACACUGACCAAAAGAAAACAGUAUUGUCAUUAUUCAAUCUUUUCCAUAAUAAUGAUGAUGGUGAGGGCCACCAUCUUGAUUCUGUUAUGGAGGAACUCCAUGUCCCACCUUCAAUGCGUCUAAAGAGGAUGAACGAUCAUUGUGGACUCGAGUUUUUGGAACUUUCAGGUCAUUGUGAUGGGAUCAUUUGUUUAACUGAUUUUAGAGAGAACAUUGUUUUAUGCAAUCCAGCCAUCAAGGAAUUCAAACUUCUUCCGUUGUCGAGUUUUCAUCUCUCUUACCCGGAUGGUGUCUACACAUCUGCUGUGGGAUUUGGAUAUGAUCUCAAAUCAAAAUGUUAUAAAGCUGUUAGAGUUUGUGAAUAUGGGCAAGAUUACAAUGAUAAAGGUCUUGUUACUCUUCCUCCAAAAGCAGAAGUAUACAGCCUCGUUACAAAUUCUUGGAAAGAAAUCAAGGCUGAUAAUUUGGUGAAGAACACUACAGUGAUUUGGUUUCAUAGUUGGCCUGAAGCAGCCGUCCCAACCUACUGCAAGGGAAUAAUUUAUUGGUCUGGAAAAAGGAGGGUAUAUCGUGACUAUCCAGGUGUUGACGACGACGAACAUGAGUUGGAUCUCAGUAAUCGGAUCAUUUCAUUUCAUAUAGUUGAUGAGACAUUUCAUGAUAUACCAUGUCCAGAUGUUGGUUUGCUAACCCGUAGGGCUUUUGGAUUGUGGAAUGAGUCCUUAACUAUUUCUAGUUUGGGUGAGAGUGAGAAGGACUCCAUAGAUAUAUGGGUGCUGGAUGACAUUGAGGAAACUUGGACAAAAUACGUUACUCUUCGCCCAGUUGUGAAUAUUUUAUAUCCGUUGACAUUAGCAAGGAAGAGCGAGCAAUUUCUUCUUGUUGCCAUUGAUGAAUGCGUAGUGAUCUUCUACAACUGUUGUACCGGAAAGUUUAAGUAUCUCCCUAUUAGUGGCGUGUUCCUAAACCACUAUCAAGCUGUUUCUUAUGUGAGUAGUACUGUUUCAAUAGAGGGAGGCAAUAAUGUUGAAGAGGAGAUAAGUGAAGGAAUAUAAUUUCCAAUUUUCUGUCUAGGUCUUCCUAAGAUGUUAAAUAGCAAUAUAGUUUACCAGGUUAUGCAUUACCACUGUGCAGCUGCUUAUCGCAAUGCCGGGCGACAUGGACUUUACAAAACGAAGGGAUCAAACUUUAAGAGAAAAAGUUGUCUUUUGUUGAUUUGGGUAAUAUCGAAGUUAGAUAAUGACUGUGUUGUUCCACCCCUCCAAACAAGAAGCAGAACGGCUGAUUGAGAAAGCCGGGUAUUCAAUCGGGCAUAACAUGUUUGUAAUCCUCUGUUCGUUGAAUAAAAAAAAAUAAAAA